GAUAGGCAUGACAAUUUGGUUGACACUUUAUGCGUGCUCAACAACUGGUCCGAUAUGCGAAUGCUCGCAUAUAUACCAUGACAAACGUACAAAAAAAAACAGAACAUCGCACUGAGAGCAAAAAUCGCACCGAUCCACGCUAACUAAACGAGGUAUUGAGAUUUAGUGGGCGUAAAAUUCAUAAAAACUUAAAACGAUGUCUGGCCGUGAAGGAGGUAAAAAGAAGCCAUUGAAGGCACCAAAGAAAGAAGGCAAGGAAUUGUCCGAGGAAGACAAGGAAUUCAAGGCAAAGCAACAAGCAGAUAAAAAGGCUUUAGAAGCAUUGAAAACGAAGGCUGGCCAAAAGGGCCCGUUGACUGGUGGCGGCAUUAAGAAAUCGGGCAAAAAAUAAAGACCAGGAGAAUUAUCAUCAACAAUCAAAUCCACUCACACCAAAUAUUCGUAAUUUUCAAACCGCACCAUAAAUUUCAUUUCAACACCUCGAAUAAAUUUCGCAUUCGUUUUGUAAAACUGGAUUAAAUGCAUUACACGUAUGGCAACAACGGUUAUUUUGUGUUCACACAUGAACAAAAUGCAUUUAUUUGAAACGAAAUUUAUGAAAAUAAAGUACAAUUUCUAAAAAAAAAAGAA